AUGAAAGAAGGGAAAUCUGCUUCUAAAUUGAACAACAACUACAACAGCAACAACAAUAGUAAUCAACUGCAACACCAGCACCAAAAUGGUCACUUGUCUCCUUUCAAAUUCGCCAAAUUGUUGGAUCCUGAGGCCUCUUGGGACAAGGAUCAAUUGGGAGAUGUGUUGCAUUGGAUUAGGCAAGUUGUUGCCAUUGUUUGCGGAUUGCUAUGGGGCACCAUCCCUUUGGUCGGCGGUAUUUGGAUCGGCCUUUUUCUGUUGAUAUCCUCUGGGAUUAUAUAUGGUUAUUAUGCAUUGAUAUUAAAGAUCGACGAAGAAGAUUUUGGCGGUCAUACAGCUCUCCUCCAAGAAGGGCUCUUUGCUUCUAUCACUCUAUUCCUGGUACUUUAG